UUUGUUGUUGUCAUUGUACUCGUUCGUAUAGGCUAUCCUGCUAUUUGGCUAGAUGUUUGGCAACGCUUCCUUAGACAUAUCUUUCUCAAAAUACUUUCACAUUAGCCUUUAUUCAAAGGCGGUGCUUGUACCCAUGGAGUGACGUUGAAACGUAACGACUUUUUGUACCUCAGUCAGAAGUGAUUUACUAGGAGCGGAGUUGGCGUCGAGGUCUGGCUCAUACUAUUUUUAUAUAUAUAACUUUUUGAUUCCAUCUUUCAUUUGCUUAGUUGCCAGUUUAGUUCUUACUGCGGUGUGAUUUGGUGUGUACUUGUAUCAUUUAGUGGAUCAUGAACAAACUGUACGUGGGGAAUCUAAGUCCUACGGUCACGGUGGAGGACUUGAAGCAGCUCUUUGACGAAAGGAAGCUUCCCGUGGCCGAUCAGGUUCUGUUGAAAAGCGGGUAUGCCUUCGUGGAUUUCCCAGAUCAGAAAUGUGCCAUUAAAGCCAUUGAGACUUUGUCAGGAAAAGCUGAGUUACACGGGAAAGUAAUUGAGGUCGACUAUUCAGUUCCGAAAAAACUAAGGAGUCGUAAGAUCCAGAUACGAAACAUUCCCCCUCAGCUACAGUGGGAGGUGUUGGAUAGUCUUCUGACACAGUACGGCUCAGUGGAGAACGUUGAACAAGUGAACACAGAUACAGACACAGCCGUGGUGAAUGUCACUUACGCAACUAAGGAGGAGGCUAAAGAAGCCCUGGAAAAGCUGACGGGUCACACCGUGGAGGAUCACUCGCUGGGCGUGUCAUACAUUCUGGACGCGGACGCCGUGUCUCCGCCACAGGCCCUCAAGCUGCAGAGGGGCAGCCGGGGCAGGACGGGGGACCACCUGGACUACAGUGGCGCGGCGGGGGGCCCUGGGGGGCAACAACGGCAGCGACAGCCUGAGCUCCCGCUCCGCAUGCUGGUGCCCACGCAGUUCGUGGGGGCCAUCAUCGGCAAGGAGGGCCUCACCAUCAAGAACCUUACCAAAGAGACGCAGUCCAAGGUGGACAUUCAUCGUAAGGAGAAUGCGGGCGCAGCAGAGAAGGCCAUCACCAUCCACUCCAGCCCUGUGGGCUGCUCCUCAGCCUGCCGGAUGAUCCUCGACAUCAUGGAGAAGGAAGCCAACGACACCAACGCGGCUGAGGAGGUGCCUCUGAAGAUUCUGGCUCAUAACAGUCUGGUUGGGAGACUCAUCGGGAAGGAGGGCCGCAACCUGAAGAAGAUCGAGCAGGACUCGGGGACCAAAAUCACCAUCUCUUCUUUGCAGGAUUUGACCAUCUACAACCCAGAGCGUACCAUCACGGUGCGAGGGGGGGUGGAGGAGUGCUGCAACGCAGAGGUGGAGAUCAUGAGGAAGCUCAGAGAGGCUUAUGAGAACGACGUUGCUACUCUAAACCAGCAGACUAACCUCAUCCCGGGGCUCAAUCUGAACGCUCUGGGCAUCUUCUCGUCCAGCGUGCCCCUGUUGCCCUCCUCUGGCAGCCCCCAUGUCCACGCGCCCGUGCAAAGCCCUGCGGCCGGAUACAACCCCUUCCUGGGUCUUUCAUCACCCAUGGGAGGUCUCUACGGUACAACCCCAGUGGGAAGCCUUCCACACCAACUCACACAGGCUCCUGAGCAGGAGGUGGUCUACGUGUUCGUCCCCACCCAGGCUGUGGGUGCUCUCAUCGGGAAGAAAGGACAGCACAUCAAGGAACUAGCGCAGUUUGCUGGAGCCUCCAUCAAGAUUGCUCCAGCAGACACCCCAGACUCCUCUGAGAGGAUGGUAAUCAUUACUGGACCCCCGGAGGCUCAGUUUAAGGCUCAGGGCAGGAUCUUUGGGAAGCUCAAGGAGGAGAACUUCUUCACGGCCAAGGAGGAGGUGAAGCUGGAGACCCAGAUCAAAGUGCCCUCGUCUGCAGCGGGACGUGUCAUUGGGAAAGGGGGCAAAACGGUGAAUGAGUUACAAAACCUCACCAGUGCAGAGGUCAUCGUUCCACGGGACCAAACGCCAGAUGACAACGAUGAAGUGUUUGUUAAGAUCAUCGGACAUUUCUUCGCCAGUCAGACUGCACAGAGGAAAAUCCGAGAGAUUAUCCAGCAGGUGAAGCUACAGGAGCAGAAGCAACAUCAAGCACCGCCACCGCCGCCACCACACCAGUCAAAGUGACCUGGAAAGGCAACGACCAGCCAGCAGCAGUCCAUGAAUGUACCCCCUCACUCCACAACUGGAGACCGAACAGGAGAUGAGGAAGAGAGAGAGAGAGAAAGAGAGAGAGAGUGUUUGCAGCAGAUGACCAAGAGUGACCGCAAUGGAGAGAACCAAACCAAAGAGUCUCACAAGGAAUGUGCUGGGGAGACAUGAACUGGUUAGGCAGGCACGGCACUGGAAGGAGAGCGGCAAGAAAAAAUGACCAGUGGUGUCUCUACUGUCUUGAGCAGGAUAAACAGAGAUAGUGACCGAAAAUUGUAUGUAUAUCCAUGUAUGUGUGUAUAUAUAUAUUAUUUUCUUACUGACGUGUUGUCAUUAUGGACUGUUGAUGGUUCAGCCACACGGGGGUCGCUGAGUCUUUCUCAACGGUUUGAGAAUGUAGCUCUCUCCAAGGAGAGGAAGCGUAGAUUUACUUUACAGCAUUAAAAUAAUGCAUUCAAGCUCGUGUAUGUAGGGAGCGUGCACAUACAAAUGUGAGAAUUUAAAAGAGGUUUGGUGGUUUAUUUUCAAGAAAUGAGAAUGGUGACCUGUGAAAUUAUGAGGACAAAGCUGUCAGUGUUUUUUUUUUUUUCAUAUUAGAGAUUACAGAGUUGGUACGUUUUCAAAGUAUUAAACAUAGAUUCUAUAGUGUUAACCAUAGUGUCAUUACAAAGGAUAGGCUUAACCAGAAUGUUGAAGUAAGUGUUUGUACUUUCAAAUUAGACCUUUGUGUGUUCCUUUGUCCAGCUGCAGUGGAAAAAAGGCUUCAAAUAUUUUAUUCAGAGAGACUUACUCUCCUAUAAAAGAAAAUAAGAAAUGUUUUUACAUAUAAAAACUUUAGAGACAUCAUUAACUAGUGUAAUGUUUUCCUCCUGAUGGCAGCACAUGUGCCAACAUUGGAAAUCCCAGACAGCUGGCCAGGUUUGGGUACAUUUCACCUUAUGUAGUCUGUAGUCUGGCGUCAGGUUCCUUUCGCUGGGUCUCUCUAUGUCUCACUCACUUGAAACAUUAGCGAAGGCAAAAUUGGCAAUUCAGUACUAGGGAAAUUAAUUAGAGAAAAAAAAUCUUAUGAUAUUGUCUGCCCAAGACAGAAAAGUAAAGAAAAGAAACAGAAAAAAAAUGAACAAGCUGACAGCCAUUUUUUUGGUCGUUUCCUCCUAAAUUGAGACCUCACAGCUGUUCUUGUCUUGUUAAGAUGUGUUUUUUUUUUGUUGCCAGAUUUAUAAGCCUAGUGGCAUUUCAUCACAACAAGGCUGUUUUUUACGCCCUUGAAUGUACAGUGUGCCACUGCCUUUAAAGAGAAUAGGACAUAAAUGUCAAACGUGAAGGCAGAGCAACUCUUUACUGCGAGGGCGUCCGCUGUCCUCGCGCUGGUUUCUCUCUCUCUGCCGUAGAGCUACGGGGUCUACUGCAUGGACCCUCUCCCUUAGUGUGCAAACGUUCUGCUGCUCCUCACCCCAAACCCCCAGCCACCCCAAAAGAAAACACUAACACACACAGCCUUCUUCAUACCACUGUGAGUGUUUGUGUUUGUAUAUUUAUAUAGAAAGAGUGGUGAGAUAUUUAUUAAAAGCUUAGAUGAUGCAUAUAUAAACGUAAGCAAAAAUCACAGUCGGUUUUUUUUUUUGUUUUUUUUUUUGCAGGGUUUUUUCCUCUUAAUCUACUUCAUAGGAGACAUGGCCUGAGGUGUUUUUGUUUGUUGAUACAAUUAUGGAUGUGGUAAAAAGAGACUUGUGAAGAGGUGAAUAGUACUAAAGUCACUAAAAUGGGAGAUAAAGCCACCUAUCUUCUGCAAAAAAGGCAUAUUUGGAUGGCUGUGUGAAAUUUUUUAAAAUAAAUACAAAAAGUCCCGGGUAGUUUUCCAGAUUACCAGGUAGUUAUAUAUAGGUAUAUAAAGGAAGGUUUGGAUUUAUAUAUUUCCUAUUUUUAAAUAUGGCCAUUUUAACAGCCCAGCCUAAGCAACCAACCACCAUGUUGGGGAGUGAGCAGUGCACAUGCCAGCAUGCUUAUCUACCUUUGGCCAAACGUGAACAGCGCAUGUCAGUAUAGUGGCCUGUGAUUGGUCAAAAAAAGUGAUCUGCGUAUUUUUAUUGUAACACUCUACCUCAGACAUCAGGGUACCUCAGUCCAAUAUUUUAUUUUUUCCUUAUUUUAGAUAUUUUGUAUACAUUUGAAAAAGCUCAUGAUCAAUGAGCACUUUUUUUUUUUAAAUAAAUGAUAACAGCUACAAGCAAGAAGAGAGAUUGGUUGGACCGACGUACACUAUUCAUUCAAACAAGGAGUUUAAAAAGGAUCACGUUGCAGCCUUUGAAUGCCUAAAGGAGUCUAGAUCGCUCACUAUUCUGCCUUUUGGCUCUGUAGGAGAUCCUUAUGUUACUGACCAGGAAGAGUAGCUCAAAAUGGUGUAUGCCAUCACCUGGAAGUACCUUGGGUAUAACGUCUGAAAGCUGAUAUCAAAAAUACAAGCAAACCUUGUGACUGCAAUGAGAUUUUGGAGAUGGAAGGGGGGAUUCUUGCCUCCAGAGUCAUAGGGGAAGUGUAAACAAUGUGCAGUUUGCCAUCAUCAAAAUGUAUUUUUAGACGUGUGAAAUUGUAGUCUUCGCCGCUGGAUAUUCUUGAUCCAUCGUGUACAACCUGCCACUGUGUAAGCCGAAAAACAUGAAAGUCAGAUGUGGUAAUUUGGUCAUGUAUAAUUUAGGCUUUGUUUGUCAUUGUAUUACAGUAUUCAGUUGUAUCCGUCUAUAUCAGCCCACCCCAGGUAACUACACUGGCAGAGAUUGGCUUAUGGUUCCUCUUUCAGCUGAGUUUUAGUUAGGAUUUAGGACAGUUAUAUCUAACUAUUCUUUUGUUUUGCAUGGUGUUAGUUCAGUUUCUCACAUGAGGGUUUUCUAAUGAAACACUAACUCUAAAGCAGUGGGGUUAGCCAUUUUACUCUUUGGUUCACAGAAGUCUAAAAGGAUAAUAAUAACAGUAAUGAUAAUAAUAAUAAGGAAAAUAAUUUACAAUGGUAUCCUAGCAUACCCAUUAAGACUUAGUUAUUUAGUUGUGGGUCAGUUAGAAACAGGAUGUCAUUUCACUUUUGUCUGGAGUGUCACCAUAUAGGUUCAUCUGGAUCAGUGGUUGUUACUUCUUGGUAUCUAUACUGUUGUAUCAUCUUAAAUAUGACCAGGAUUGGAGGAGUUGGUGGAGGUAGAGCUUAUUGUUCUUCCUUAAGCCCCCCCCCCCCCCCCCCCCAGACUUCAGGAUUGCCUUGAGUUUCUGUCACAUGGCUCUCACCCAAUCACAUUCCAGAACUACUUGGACUAGGUAGGAGGUGAGAGGAAAUUUGUAACAGCUCAAAGCUCAGGGAAGACUUGGUAGUGGAGAUGGACAGGGGUCUAAUGGAAGAUGCAUGCCUUAUUGGUGAUGGUCAGAAUUUCAGUGUGGAAUUGUGGGUAAAAUUACAUAUGUACUGCCGACCGAACCGGAAAUGAGCAAUAAAGAGAGUCUUUACAACUGUA